GCGCAGGAGCACUCGUCGCCGGAUGUCAUGAUGCUACGACCCACAGCACGUGAUUUAGCACGCGUGCGCAGUAGGCCCAUCUCGCAGCUGUGUUGUGGAAAUGGUGGAGAAGAAAACUUCGGUUCGCUCCCAGGACCCUGGACAGCGACGGGUGCUGGACCGGGCAGCCCGGCAGCGCCGCAUCAACAGGCAGCUUGAAGCCUUGGAGAAUGACAACUUCCAGGACGACCCCCACGCGGGCCUCCCCCAGCUGGGCAAGCGGCUGCCUCAGUUUGAUGAUGACGCAGACACUGGAAAGAAAAAGAAGAAAACACGAGGUGAUCAUUUUAAGCUCCGCUUCCGAAAAAACUUUCAGGCCUUGCUGGAGGAGCAGAACCUGAGUGUGGCGGAGGGUCCUAACUACCUGACGGCCUGUGCGGGACCCCCAUCCCGGCCCCAGCGCCCCUUCUGUGCUGUCUGCGGCUUCCCCUCCCCCUACACCUGUGUCAGCUGCGGUGCCCGGUACUGUACUGUGCGCUGUCUGGGCACCCACCAGGAGACCAGGUGCCUGAAGUGGACCGUGUGACCCUGGGCGUCCCCAGAGAGGAAGAUCCUGUGCAUUGCCCAGCCUCAGAGAGAGUAUCACCGAAAGAAAAGAUGCUUCUCCCGGACCAGGAGGGCAGCCCAGCAAAGCCCGUGUCCUGUCCUCCAGGGAGACCAGCCUUGCUUCCAGGGCCGGAGGCAGGGCGGUGCCUGAGCCCUCAGAGUGCAGUUGUAAUAAAAGGUCUCCUGCGAGGAUGAGUGUAUUUUGAGUCCCAGGACUGGUGAUGGGGAAGUGGAGUGAGGGCUGGGGACUCGGAAAUAGAAGGGUAACACAGAAGGAGCCAGCCCUGGCUUUGUCUCUGAUUCUUACCCAAAGGGGAGAGGCUGGGCCCUUGUCCUUGGUGCCGCCCAUCUGAGUUGUCCUUAGGAAGCCUGUCUUAUCAUGGACUGCGGUGUGUGAUUUAUUAGUAGUAGAGAAAACCCAGACAUUUCUGGGAAGCAUCGGAGUUCAUGAUACAGAGGCCUCUGUUCUUAGUGGCCCUGAUGCUACUGAUACAACACUGUGGCACUAGAGCUUCUUGCACCCACACCUUCUCUUAAGCAGAUUAUAAGCCAUGAGCUCAAAAAUGCCUCGGAGUGGCUGUCUUCAGGCUCAGUACCUUGUUGCAACACAGCAAGGCAGAUGGGUAGGAAAUAUCUGUGACACAGGUUAUUUCAAUAAGCUAUUAAUGAGAUCCAGCCAGGUUGGUGUCAGGGGCCUUCUUAGCUCUUCAGCCCGCUUUUGGGGACUUCCUUGUGAUUGGACACUCUCGCCAGGUGUUACCAGUCUCUUCUUGGGAAGUUGCUUGCUCGCUCUCCUGGAUACUGGUGGUUGGGCAAGUGGUAUUGGGUGACAGCGUCAUGUUGAAUGGUGGUAAGGACAGGGUUUAGGAGACAAUCCUCAGCGUGGUGGUUUUCAGAAAUGGCUGUAAAUUUUUUUACCGUCCUUCAAGCAUCAAAAAGUGGCUGUCGGUCACCUUCCCCUGGAAUCUGGUCAGACUUAACGACUGCUUGGACCAGUAGACAGUGGUGGAAGAGGGAUCAUGGGACAUGAAAGGCCAGGUGGUAAAAGGCAGUGCAGCUUCUGCCCCAUCCCUCGACACUUGCCUUUGGAGCCCUUGGCUGCUUCGUAAGAAAUCCGGCCGUCCUGAAGCUGCCAUGCUGUGAGGAAGCCCACUGUGUGCAGGUCCUUCCGUUGACAGGUCCAGGUGAGCAAGCCUUCAAGCCAUCCCAGCCCAGGCUUCCAUCAUAGAAGUGAAGCUGCUUCCUGAUGAUUCCAAACCCCAGACAUCAAGUCACCCUCACCCAUUUGAGUCUUCCUGGCUGUGUCCUCAACAUCUUGGAGCAGACACUGGCCAUCUCUGCUCUAAAUUCCUGACCUACAGGAUCCAUGUGUAUAAUAAAAUGGUUUAUGCCUUUGA